CAUGUGUCUAAAUGCAUCUUGCGGGGUCAAGUGAUCACAUAUCCUGUAAGAGGUAAGAUCUUACAACAAUUAGAUUCUAUACUCAAUAUGAAGACUAUGGCUAGAGGUACAGUAUAGUCUUCAUGUUUCCGGCUAUUGAUUGCCACAGGUGAGUCGGGUCAUCUAGCACGUGGAGCCUUGGAAUACCCACCACUGUAGAUCGAUGAGGCACCACGGGUUCAUCACCGAACUCAAAUUAUCCAGCUAAUUGCAUGAUCCGCUGUUCCGCGAUGACACCGAAAUGGCUAUUCCAAUGUUAAAGUUGAGUGUGAGCGUGAGUAUAUAUCAACAACAAAUUGUUCCUUCCGUUGACCGUUCUUUCUCGCAAAUUUGUUCUCCUUUGCAAGUUGAUUUUCAGUACAAAGAUGCAAGUUCUUUCUCUCGUCCUCCUAGUUCUAGCAACUCCCAUCCGCGCUGCAGCCGGCGAUGGAGAUUGGGCUGCCGCUUAUACCAAGGCUAAAACGGCUCUGGCAAAACUCACAAAUGCGAAUAAAGUUACACUAGUUACGGGUGUUGGAUGGGAAAAAGGACCUUGUGUUGGGAACACUGCUGCGAUACCUUCGAUUGGAUGGCCAGCAUUCUGUUUGCAGGAUGGUCCUUUGGGGUAUGUAAAUUCUACUUUGAGGCUUUGAGAUCGUGAUUUUUUCAAUGGAUGAAAUAUGAAUGGAAAGUGGAGGAAAUGAUGAUGACUGAUGACUGAUGAUGUUGAUGUUACGUGAUUUUUAGAGUUCGGUAUGCUCAAAAAGUAACGGCAUUUCCGGCGGGCAUAACUACAGGCAGUACAUGGGAUGCAGAUUUGAUGUAUGCGAGGGGUUAUGCUUUAGGUAUGAUGAUAUCCUUUCGUGAUUGAUGAGAUUGAGAUGGAAAUUUGGAUGAAUACAAGCUUAUUCUAUAUUGCAGGCGCCGAAUCUAAAGCACUUGGUGUUCAUAAUCAGCUUGGUCCAGUGGCUGGACCUUUGGGGAAAAUACCAGUGGUUUGUAGCUUGUUAUCUUUAUUUGGGUUAUAUACAUGAAAGCAAUACUGAUCGUCGGAAUAGGCAGGGAGAAAUUGGGAAGGUUUUAGUAAUGAUCCAUAUCUUUCUGGUGUUGGCAUGGGGAAUGUAUGUUUUCCCUUUAAUGAUUGAUUGAGGGUAUAACAGGGUUGACACUGUAUUUUAGACAGUCAAAGGCAUGCAAGCAGCAGGUGUUCAAGCAUGCGCAAAACAUUAUCGUAAGUCAAUUCAUGUCCAUGGUGUUCAAUCUCUAAUUAGAUAUCAUAGUUGGAAAUGAGCAAGAAUUGAAUCGAGACAAAAUGAGUGCGAAUAUCGCUGACAGAGUCAACCAUGAGGUUCGUAUUCAAACCCACCCUCACAAAUCUCAGAGAAUGCUUAUACAUUAUAGUUAUAUCUCUGGCCCUUCGCCGAAGCAGUAAAAGCAAACGUUGCAUCUGUAAUGUGUUCAUAUAACAAAUUCAACAGCACAUAUGCAUGUGAAAACCAAGCUUUACUUACUGGAUUAUUAAAAAAUGAAUUAGAUUUUCAAGGUUAUGUUGUUAGUGGUACGUACUUGCUUAAACUACUGGUAUACGUCAGUAAUACACAGAGAAGUGUUAACGAGUAUAUAUAGACUGGGCAGCACAGCAUACUACAACAGGUAGCGCGAAUGGGGGAAUGGAUAUGGCGAUGCCAGGAGAUAACUUCGGCGACAAUAAUUUCCUUUGGGGGAAUAAUCUUCUCAAUGCCGUAAAUGCGUAAGUUUCCUAAAGAAUACAUACAUACAUACCAAAUAUUCACAACUCUAUCUAACAAUCAACAGCGGCACAGUCCCCCAAACCCGUCUCGACGACAUGGCUGUCCGUAUUCUCGCAUCUUGGUAUUUCCUCGGCCAAGACACAAAUUACCCUGCUGUUACCGGCUGGAGUUCCUGGAACGGCGGUGUUGGUGGUCCAAAUGUUUCAUCAGACCAUAAUACUGUUGCUCGAGCUAUUGCUCGUGAUGGAAUUGUGUUAUUGAAAAAUACUAAUAAUGCGUUGCCGCUUAAGAAACCGGCUAGUUUGGCCAUAAUAGGUCAAGAUGCUAUUGUGAAUCCGGCGGGUGCAAAUUCGUGUACGGAUAGGGGAUGUGAUACGGGGACUUUGGCUAUGGUAUGUUGCUUAGACUCUGUUAUAUUGUUUGAUCUUGCUGUUUUUUCUAGCUCUGUGUCGUUUAGCUCUUUUAUGUUUUUAGGUCUUUUAUGUCUUUUAGCCCUCUUGUAUCUUUUAUAUCCCCGUCGUAUCUGAUUCACCUCGUGGUUCGAGUCGAAAAUCUAAUCGUGACAUAGGGUUGGGGCUCAGGCACAGCCGAUUUCCCAUAUCUCGUCGCACCAUAUGAUGCGAUUAAAGCCAGAGCUGCCGCGGACGGCACAACUGUAACCCUGUCAAAUACAGAUUCCACAUCAACCGGAGCAUCAGUAGCCAGCGCCGCCGCAACAGCUAUCGUAUUCAUCAAUUCGGAUUCCGGCGAAGGAUACAUUACCGUGAGUUCCCCACACACCGAUAUCAUUUCCUUUUCACUCACUCACCCAAAAAAAAUAGGUCGAAGGAGCAGCAGGUGACCGCAUCAACCUAGAUCCCUGGCACAACGGCAACUCACUCGUCUCAGCCGUCGCCGCCGUAAACAAAAACACCAUCGUCGUAAUCCACAGUGUAGGCCCACUAAUCCUCGAAUCUAUCCUCGCCCUCCCAAACGUCAUCGCCAUAGUCUGGGCCGGACUCCCAGGUCAAGAAUCUGGUAACGCACUCGUAGAUAUUCUGUACGGCUCCGUCUCACCCAGCGGCAAACUUCCCUACACCAUCGCCAAGACCCAAGCCGAUUACGGAACUGCUAUUGCAAACGGUGAUGAUAAUUAUUCCGAGGGUUUAUUUAUCGAUUACAGGCAUUUCGACCAAGCUGGUCUUACUCCACGUUAUGAAUUCGGUUACGGAUUAAGUUACUCUUCUUUCUCAUAUUCUAACCUAAUCCUCUCAUCAAUAUCUUCCUCCUCCGCGGGAAAUAGCGCUCUUCUUCCUGGAGGAAAAUCAAAUCUUUUCGAUACCAUCGCUACGGUUUCUAUCACGCUUUCUAAUAAUGGUAGUGUUCCCGCUGCCGAAAUAGCACAGCUGUAUAUUGGAUUUCCGGACUCGGUAUCUGGUACACCUCCAAGACAACUUCGUGGGUUUAAGAAGGUGAAUCUAGAGGCGGGUGCGAAAAUUAGUUUGAUGUUUGAGUUGAGGAGAAAAGAUUUGAGUUAUUGGGAUGUGGGUUCUCAGACGUGGGUUUUACCAGUGGGUUCUUUUGGGGUUUGGGUCGGGGCUAGUAGUAGGGAUUUACGGUUGGAAGGGGUUCUUUCUGCUGCUGGGAGUCCGGGAGCAUCAAGUACGAGUACCAGUACCAGUAUAUCCUCAACUUUGACAUCGACGCCGACAUCGACAUCGGUACCUACAAUCCCAAUAUCAAGUUCUAGCAAAACAACAACAACAACAACCACUCCCCCACCAACCAACUCGAGUUCAACUAUGACCACAAUUACUACAUCAAGCUCAAUAACCCCAACAGCUCCAACUCAAACCCUCUACGGCCAAUGUGCCGGAAUCGGAUACACAGGCCCUACUACCUGCGCGAGCGGAACCUGCAAAUUUACAAAUGCUUAUUAUAGUGAGUUUUUUCCUUUUUCCCCUCUUGCUCUUUUUCUUCCUUCAGUUUAGAUUUUAGUAUUUCCUCGUCUUUGUAUGCAAUAUCAUGUUUUUGGUUUUAAUUCGCCAUAUUUUUUGGUGCUUUUAAUUCUCCUUUUAUUUCCCCUUUUUUGUUGCGGAUCAGAUCACAUCUGAUCACAUUCCAAAAACAAUACCAAUUAAUACAUCAAAUUGUGCUUAAUUAGGUCAAUGCUUACCUUAAACUACUUAAAAUUUAAGUCUCGAUACCGGGUGGGUUUGUUAGUGGAUUUGUAAGUUUGAGUUUGGGAAUUGAGGAUAUAAGGAAAGUAAAGGGAGGGGAAAGAGAUAGGGAGAUUACCUAGCUAACGGAUGGAUGGAGAGGAGAUGGGAUUUUGAAUGAGGGAUUUCGAGGUUGGUUGUGGGUAGAUG